AUAUAUAUUAUUAUACUACAGUGUGUACAUUUUUUUUCUUCUUUUUGGCUUUGACCUUUUCUUGGGAGGAGGAGAAAUUUCUGUACCUGCAGACAGGUUGGAUAAGCAACAGUGGAAGGAAUACUUGUAAAGUUCACUUAGAGGAGGUUGUUUUUGUUUGUGAAACCUUUGAUUAAUGUUGAUUAAACGUGAAAGUUAUUCAGUGAGGAGAAUGUUUAGUUCCCCACUUCAACUUCCAUUUUGACAUUACUGCUAACCUCCACCCUCCAAGGAUUACCACUAAUGAUAUCAGUUUGAUAAGGGAGACAGAAACCCACCAAGUGUUUUUUCCAUCACACUCAAAAGCUGUGGAUACUUUAUUUCAAAGUCCAAGGAGGCUGGAUAUCCCUCUGUUGACGAUUUAUAAUCUAAUCACGCCGCAAAGAGGAUUGUUCUUGGGAGAUCGCUCCGAUAGAUCCAGCUCCGAGAGAUUGAUGCAGAGUAUUUCGUGUAGCGGCCCGUGACGUCACAGCCAUGGGACAAAGCUCUUCCAAGCGACGUUCCUACACGCCUGGCCAGGAGAAAGGCUCCCAAGUGUCUACGUCACGAGCUAACGGAGACAUCAAGACCAAUGGCAGUUUCGAAGUCCAUGAGGACCACGACGACACAGCGGACACUGAGACCCCCAUCACACCCACUUCUCUUACUUCCGCUUCUUCUACUACAGGCAAGAAAGAGAAGAAACGAAAGCUGAGGUUCAUCGGCUUCUCUCUGAAGCGCACACCGUCCGGCCGCUGGAGCCGGAAGAGAAGGAACAACACACCAAACGGCACCGCAAGACCCGUGUCGUGUCCGAACCCCAUCCCUGAACACGGGGAGGCGGGUGCUACUGGAGAAAGACCACAAAGCCUGUUCUUGGAUGAGCUCGUCAUUACAGAAGAAGAUUCGAAAAUUGAGACCGUUGACCUCUCAGAUCAUGAUGAAGAUGGAAAGCCCAAGACCAAAUCCACCGAGAAAGCCGCACCCAAGCCCAUGGAGAGGACGAAGGGAAAGCGAGGCUCCCAAAAGAAAGGCUCCAAAAAGAAGAAGAAAGAGAAGCAGAGCGCUAAGAAGGAAAAACAAAAAAAGUCUAAAAAGUCCACAGAGGCCCCCACUGCUCCUCCCCGCGGUGCUGCCGCUGCCGCUGCUGCUGCGCCCACAACCAAUGUCGUCGCGACUGCUGCUUCAGGCGUUGCUGCAGACGUUGAGGAGAAAGUCGUCAAAGCUGCUUCGGAUGUGACUACGAAAGUCGAAGGAGAGCUCAAAGCGGAAUUAGAAGCACCAGAAGCCUGUUCAUCUGAAAUAAUCGUACAGGCCCCAACUGGAAUCUCUGUCGAGACGAAAGGAGAUACUGCUGAGUUUCAGCGUACUGAGCAGUCGGCUGACGUCAUUACCUCUGUGGUCAGUUCGUCUGUUGAGGUUCCGUUUGCUUCCGUGGAGCAAAACUCCGGCCAUACCGGAGACCUUGAGGCUAUGGCCUCGUCCAUUGUGGCGGAAUCGGUCAACCUCGCACAGAAGCGACUUCAGAAAGAGUCAGGGAAUGAAAAUUCCGAGAUCGAGAAGAGAGCUGCUUUGGAGAGCAACAAAGAAAGAGUGAGCGUCGAUUCCCCUCUAGAAAACAAAGAUGGUGGGAGUUCUGCUUCCUUCUCCGUGAAUUCUGUUGUCGGAGGCUUCUUCUCUGAGAACGAGCCACAGACGAAAACCGUGCACGAACCACAGAAUAUUGACAGUGAGCUGGAAUUGGAACGAAUGGAUUCCGAGGUGGAGAUGGAAGUGCAGGUGCAAGAGCGGUCCCUUGUGGACGAGGUCCUCAACGCUGUGAAUGCCGAAGUGUGCAACUCUUCUGCUCAAGUGUCGUACCACAACAGCUCCACUGACAACAUCACAGCUGACGUCACAGAUGUGACCACUGACCACGGCGUAGAUGCCUCUACAAACGACGACGGGACAGAAGACCAGCUGCCUGUUGCCUCGUUGGUGGCUGACAUCGAGCGAGAUAUGAAGGCCAUUAAGGGUUCUUCUCUUCUGGGCAAGACUGAAUCUCUCGAAGUACCUCAGUCAUCCGCCGAUACUUCUCUCGUGGCUGACACCAAAGCCGAAGCGUCCUUCACAGGAGAUACUCCAGAAAAAGGCGACCUCGACUGCACAGACACGUCCAUAACACUUGGCGCUGACGAGGCGAUCUCCGUGGCACGGAAAGCGGAGAACGAAGUGAAGGCUCUCGUUGCAUUUUCGGGGAUUUCUGCCUCUGUAGAUGAAGAGACAACUCCGGUAGAGGAAGCAAAUGUGAGUGCCGAAAAAAACACCACAAUUGAGACCACCUCUGAUGUCGAUCAAUUGGGCGUGGCAGGGAUUUCUAUUCCGGAUUCUGUGAAGGAUAUUUCUACCGGAUCACUGGAUGUGUCCGUGGCCGCUGACGCGGUCCAGGUUCAAGCCGCAGAGAAGGGUGAAGUCUUAGCUAAGGCAGCAGUGGAGCAAGUUAUGGGUUCUGCUGUAGUCACCAGUGUCUCUGCUUCUGUAGCCGAGGGGGGUAAAAAAGAAGAAGGGGAGGAGGACAAGAAGCUUGAAGCUGGUCUUAUUGGUGCCAGUGCAGAGAGACUGGUUUCUGAUUCCGAAGCCGAGAAGGCACUAAAGCUUCAGGCAGAAAAGGAAAGAAGAGACAAAGAACGCAUAGAAAAAGAAAAAUUAAAGAAACAGCGAGAGGAAGAAAAAAUGAAAGAAAGAGAAAAGGCUAAGGAAGAAAAACGCCGAAAAGCCGAGCAAAAAGCUGCAGAAAAGGCUGAGAAAGAGAAACAGAAACAGGAGAAGAAAAUGAAGGUGCCAAAGAAACUCAGCAGUUGGUUUUCGAAGAAAGAAAAGCAGCCACGGACUGUGGCUGAAUUAGAGGUGAAAGCACCGGGAUCUGAAGACGAGGCAGUCGCAGACUCGACACUGAGUGACAGUUCUCCACCCACGAGCCCCGACACGCCAACAGCACCGGAGCAACACACGUCCGCUGACACACAGGUCUGUCCUGUAAGUGACGCCGUGGCAGAAGUGAAGGAUGUUGUGACGUCAGUUGGAAUACCUGCCGUGACGUCAGCCGUUUCGUCUGAAGUGACGACAGCUGUAGCAUCAGCUGUGACGCCGGAAGAGCAGCCUUCAAACGCCAGCCUCACAGUUGACGUCAGUGUUGAGCCUCUCAUCAAGCCCUCGACAGAGCCAUCCGAGGAGAACAGUCCCAACUCCUCCGCCCCCGCCGUCUCGUCGGAGCCGAGCAGCCCCGAGCAUCAAGACAGCGCCCCUACAAGCCCCUUCACAGACAACGGUUCCGGCUCAGACAGCGAGAGAGGCUCGGGUGUCCUAAAGAAGAUUUCCAUUGGGCCACGCCUCCGCACGGCAAUCCUCCGUAAAAGGAGCAGCGGCGCUUCGGACAGCGGUCACGAGGAGAACAGACUAUCCCUGACCAAACCCAAAGCCGUGGAAGCCACGGACAUCACGCCCCCUCCCCGCAAAAUAGGCCCUCGUCGGCCCGUCGAGCAGUAUUCCCCCAUCACAGCCGGGGCACACAACAAGAACUUUCCCACAGAGGCGAGCAGCGCCGUGCAGGCUAAAGAAGAAGUUGCUAGUGAGGCUAUUAGUAAAAGCCUGGACUUUGACACUAGUGUUCAUGCAGAGGUAUCUGCUGCGGAUUCUGCAGAGCAUGAAAAUUCUCCGGAGUGUGCCGAAGAUGUGUCCGAGAAAAAAAAGACGAUAGUAGAAGAAGUAGUAAGUGUGGCGAAACAAACACUCGUGUCAUGUGAGCCCCUCCAGGGGAUACUCGGUGGAGACAAUUCUUCCAUACAAAGCAGACAAGACAAUUCAUUAUUCAGUAUUGCAGAGGUUGAAGCUUCGUCAAAUACUGACACGGACUUGAAAGUUGUCACAGAUUCUCCAUCUGGUGAGGUAAAUGUUCCGAAGGAGAAGGGAGAGGAGGGGGAGAAGGAGGAAGAUACUCUCGUCGAUUCUUUCCCGCCCCUGGAGUCACCAACGCUGGUCUCUACUGCCACAAUUGUGCUACGGGCAAACAGCAUAGAGGAUUCUGUCAUAGAAGAGACACAGAGCUCGCUUGCGCCCCAGUCAGGCGAGGCGACAGUUUCGUCGUCGACAUCACCGUCUGAACCAGGUUCCGAGGGCAAUAGUACCCAAGUUACCUCCGAGAUCGAUUCUGCUGUGCAGAACGUCGAGGAAAAAGACUCCAUUGUUGAAUCCAUUGUGUCUGCGGCGACACAGUUUGCGCCUUCUGUUCUGUCCGACAAAACAGAAAACACGAUCGAAUCCUAUGAAAAUGUUCCUGAAGUUGCUGGAGUGGAAGAUUUCCAAGCAGAAGAGAAUGUGGGAGGACAGGAUGACGACGAGAAGAAGGAGGAGGAAAUGCAGGUGCAGCCUCAAAAGUACUCCGUCGUAUGCGUGGCCCAAACCAUUGCAGACGACAUGACACAGGAGGUAAGAGAAGAGGCGUCACCAGAUAAUGACAAUGUCCCACCAGGCAUGUCUGAUGAGUCGAUGGAAAAAUCGGACUCUUCGACAAAAGAGUCUGUGAAAGACGUUCUGGCAACUGUUGCUCAGACCGCCGUGUCCAAAGUUGAGGCACAUUUUCAAGACAACACGGUGCCCACUAUUGACACACAGAUCUCUGAAACUACGGAGGUCGCAGAGAAUGAGAACAGCCCUGAGGUGGCGGAUGCAUCUUUAGCGGCGUCGGUUUUGCAAACUGUUUCAUCGGCAAUCGUAGAGCAGGAUGACACAAAACCAACUGCUGUCGAAAACGGCCAAGAUGUGGAGUUGACUUUCGAAAACGAAGCACAUCCUGCUGUGGACAUUGGCCAAACGUCAUCGGCGACAGUCGAAAGCGACAGCAAGUCACUGACAGAUACUAUUGAGCAAGUGACAACCCAAGUGGCAGCAGAGAGUCAGGAAUUGACCACCGGCCAUCCUGAAGUCAAAGCCGAUCGACCCACGGUUACUACUGUAGCAGAGUUUCAGAUUGGCAUCUUGAGCUCAGAGACGUCGGAGAAUGAAGCUGAGGAAAACGCAGAUCCCCGGCCAGAGUCUCCGAAAGCAGACCCAAAGGAGAAGGACGCACCGGACGCCACAGAAGACACCGAACGGGCAUCAUCUUUUCAGCUAAAUGGGUCAGUGAACGACGAGGCAGCUCCUGUCUUGGAUGUUCCAAAAGAUGACGCCGAUGACAAAUCGGUAAGCGUCACCGACGAUCUAAACGGCAACAACAAAGCGUUGUCUGAGGCGCCGGAAGAAGACGAGAAAGAAAAGGACGAAUCUAAGGAGGGCGGGAACGAUGAUGAUGAUAAUGAUGACAUCACCUGUAAUAAUAACAUAAUAAUCAUUGAACGUGUUGAGACCAGUGAGUCAGCCAUUCUGCCAGAAGGGGUUUGUGAGCAGGAGAUGAGUGAGACUGAAGCUACUGUAGAGCAGGCUGCUGAAACGUCAACAGUUAUCUCAUCAAGCAUCGUUGAAGAGGUCGUGGAGAAAGCGCAGGAAAUCUCCGACUCCGCAGUCGACAAAAACACGGCGGAGGAAGAUGGCGAGAGAAUCUGCGAUCCGGAAGUAGUGAAUAAUACUAUGAACCUGGUACGCAAGAGCUCCGGUGUGGAGAUCGACACGGAUGUUGUCAAUGGCAACGAUAGCGGUGAGGACACACAUGACAUGUGUAGAACUGGCCCCAACGCUACAAUCGAGGCGUACCUCAAGCUGCAGUAUGCUGACACAGCCGCUGAGAAAAAUGCUGUGAACGGAGAUUCGUUGACGACGCCGCUCAAUGGGAAUUCAGAUGAGAAAAACAAAAACAACGGCCCCAUUCUGGCCGACCAAGAGCAGGAGCAGACGACAGGAUGAUGACAGUCUUGUCAACGACAGCGAUGGAGAGGCCAGGGGAUUACGUCACUGGCACUAACACGAGACUCUUACGUCACACUAACACGGCACAAUAUUUGGCCCUACCGACGAGGCGGCUAGCACAGGGUCGGACUCCAGGUUAUCAAGUGGACACAGAAGAACCACGACCGAGGUCCGACUUCCGACGUGAACGGAGAGCUAGAGGAUAACCGAAACACAUCAGAUUUACAACUGACACGUCUUUGAUCAUAUUACCGUGUUCCGGUUGGUUGGUAUCAAACACUUGCCUUGUUCUCCCUGCUGAAUUAUAUAUAUUAUUAUAUUAUAUAAAAUAGGGUGGGUUUUUUUUUUCAGAGUAGCCGAUGUACCGUUAUCAUUACAAGUAGGUCCAAAUUUUCUGCCAAACAAGAUAUAGGCCAGAUUGUUUAACACUGUUGUUGGGUUUUUUUUCACAUUUGAAACGCUCAUCUUCUUCGUCCUUCUCUGAAGCAAUCUAUGAUCUUCUUUCGACUCGUAGAUUGCUUGUUCCAAACUCCAAGGACAGCACCCGAUUCACGAUCGUUGUUUAUGUCACUGGAGCGAAGCGAUAUUCCAAGGGACAUUGAGAAGGUCGAGAGAUAAUAAAAUAUAACAGAGACGAAAUCCCUUUCUAUGUGCUGGCGUAUCUAUUAAGACAUUCUCCUGCACCCUAACUCUCUUCACCUAUGAACGCAUGUUUUAGGUUCCGGGAUGUGUUUACUUUCUGGAGGGAAGUACUUUGGAUACGAUUUCCAGAAAAUUAUCGCUAAGUUCAUGCUUUAAAUUGUCGUGCUUGUGAAUCCUUUUUGAGCAUAAGACAAAUGAAACUGCAGUAAAAAUAAAAUCGUUCUUUUCAAACCAAGUUUGAAAGCGAACCACUCCGAUCCUGUUUUUUUUAAAUUAUUGUAACCGUCCUGUGCGAUUGUGUUGGCUAAGAAAGCAAGGCUUGAAAGCUUCUCUGUUUUGUCAUAUUAUAGUUUGAUUGAAGGUGUAAUAUUAAACUCUUGGUCACUGCUAUUGUUAAUUCAUUAGCUCCGUAAACGUUUGGUCGAACAUUCAUUUAUUAGAGGUAACGAAGACAGGGAGAAUGUAUUGCAUUUGUCGUCAUGCCCUUUAAACGUAAUACAUGUAGUACAUAAUGAUGACAAUGUUAUUUGUUCUUGUAUAAUUAAUUUAGCAUGCUUUUAAAGAAGCACGUUUAAAGGGUAAAACUUGCUUUUUACGUUCUCGUGUUAUUAUCUGUAUCAAUACAUUGAUUCAAUGGAUAUAAUGGGCUUUCUACCAUGUUACCUUUUUUUUUCAUUUGUUGGUAAAGAGAGAAUCGGAUAAUAUUCAUCUUUGAAGUGAUGUAACAUUUCAUAACACACUGACUAUUAUUGGCAUAUUGUAUAACAGUUUACUUAACCUUCGUUUGUCAAACGUGGACAAUGCUAUUAUGUAGUUCACAUUCCUUUGUUGCCUUAAGCAGCAAGAAGACUAUUUAGUGGUUUGAUUGACUCUCAUACUUAAGCAUUAUCCAGUCUCUUAACCCUGCUUUCUGCGCUCUCGAGGUCAGAUGGAUAUUAUCUCUUCUGGGCAACAUUUCCUUCUAGAAUGACGAAUGUCUAUAAGGAUAGUCUCACAUCUCCUCUAGUACAUGUAUAAACAUGAAGCACUUUCUUUUCUUAGCACAUUAUUUUUUAUCCUCGAAAUGUCUUUCUAACAGAAAGUAGUGAGGUGUUCAUAUUUACUCUCUUUGCCUUUGUCAUGAAUGUUCACGAAGAGUGGCCAAUUUUUUUCACUGUUUUUAUUACUCAAUUUAAAGAAGGAAUCUUAAGGGUUUCCCUUUGUCUUAGGUAAUCAGGGGUAACUAUAAAAGUGUGCAUUGUACAUACUGCCAUUUGUUAUAUUUUAUCUGAAAAAAAACAAAACUGCCGGAUUUUGAUGCUUAUUGUUAUAUAUUAAUUGCAUAUGCUUUUAACGUUUACAAUAUCAAAUCGUUAUGGAGGGUUGUUGUGUUUGAACCCAUGUGGCCUGCAAUACAUUUGCACAUUUUAUCGAUGAACAGCUAGGCUUUAAUGCCAUAAUUAUUUCGUUUUACUCAACUGCACUGAACUCUAUCAACUACAUUGACAUCUUAUGUGCGAGCAGCAAGGUGGGUAGUUGUGAGUGAUACGGGUUCUUUGUGCAGCUCCGUUCUCCCAUUGUUACAUACCAUGAUGUAAAAAAUAACAUUAUGGAAGGACCUCUUAAUCAGUUUCUAAAAGUAUGUUUUAAGCAAUAACAGUUAUGUAUUAGAAUGAAUUAUUUGAAUUUGUUAUUGUCAUAUGAAGACGUACAUAUUAUCUAUUAUUUCAAGCUGAAUUUUCGAUAGUUUGUGGAAAGAGAUACGUUCAUCUUUUGCAAAAUUAUUCUACUUUCUUGAGAAAGUCCUAGAAUUGUUUUGGUUUGGAUUGUUCUCAUUGGGGUUUUUGACACCAAAACUUACAUUCUGUGUGACUUUUGUGAAAUCACAUUUUUGUGUAAAAUUUAGAAUUGUACUAAAGCAAUGCCAAUUGGGACAAGAGAACACGACACUUUGAUACAACCGCAACAUUUGGUGUAUACUCAGAAUAAAGACUAUUCUAAUAUAUUAUGUUUAUUGGAUCCGUUGUGAAGACUUAACUUUUCUAUGUCACUGUAAUAAUUGUAUUUUUUUAGCUGUUUUUUUUUCCAUGAAGAACGCCGAGAGCUUUAGUGCGAUUAUUGUUUUGAAGUAGCGUAAGUCUAUAUUUUAUUAUUGUUGUGUAUGAGCUUCACACGACAAUGUCAGUGAAUGGAUGCGACUGUGUGCCGACUUUCGUUCUGUGGGUUGUGGGUACCGUUUUACACGAAUCCCGGCGUGCAUGUCUUAGUGUAUAAAUGCGCGAGGGCGCAUGCUCUCGUUAGCUUUAUAUGAUAACGAGACGGUCUAAUGAGUACUAUUGAUGUUUAUUUCUUUUGUCAAGUUUUGAUGUUUUCUUUUUGCAAAUCAUCUCCUACAAUUUUUUUUCUUUCGGUUUGCUUUAAUAUGACGUUGUUUGUUUUUUUUCUUUUAUCCCGAUCUAUUAGAUUUCAAUGCUCUGCUCUUCGUAUGCCUUUGUUCUCUUGUGUGCUACUUAAAAAAUAUGAGCACCGCGUGGAAGUAAAAAAAUCCAAUGGGUUUCUGUUUAUGGUCUUUUCAAAUCUUCUGAUCGGCUAUGAGUAUUGGCCAACAUAAUAUAUUAGCAUUUUAUUUACUACUACUACUACUAAUACUAAUCUUUAAAAUAAUGAUAAUGAUGAUGGUGAUGUUUAUCUGCAUGGGUUUUUAACGUAGUUUAGAAAUGGAAAAGUAUGUUCACUGUACUGCGACUGCAUGAUCUAAUGUCUGUGAGCAUAUGGCCAAAAAAUGGGGGGGGGGGUGAAAGGGAGUGAAGGGGCAAGAAGGGUGGGGGAUGAGGAGGCGGAGUGGUCUGUAGUAGGGCAUACCUCAAUAUGCCACACCCGGACAAGAUGUGAAAAUACACUAAGGCUACUUCUGCUGUUCUGAUACCAGUACAUGUAGUUAUUUGAAAAUGUGUGCUGAAAGUGAAAGUUGUGCGUGCCUGCACAUAGCAUUUUGCUUGUAACUUCUUGAAAUAAUGAAAAA